AAGUCUCAUCCGUCCAAUCAUAUCCCAUUGCUCAUCCAUCCGUCCAUUCCGUGCAAACUGAAAUUUCAAAAUAGUGUAUAAAGAGAAUUCUACUUAAAUAUAAAACCUUAUGAGCUAUCUCGUUAAUUCAAAUCCCUGUUUGAAAAAUCUUAACCCAUUAUCUGUUUCUUUUUCGAACCAAAUCUUGAUUAAUUUUUGGCAAACAAUUUGAGGGAUAAGAGAGGGCCAUCAAUUUUGAAGAAAAAUUUUCAUUUUUAAGUACAAGAGCGUGAAAGGGCAGCUUGUUAAACUAAGAAUUGGAGGGAUUCCCAUGUAAUUUUCGCAGGAAAAAUGUUGUAACUUGAGUGCAUGCAAUUGGAGAAAGUUUAUUUUGUUUUCAUUUACAGAUUCGAUAUUUUGGGUGAUGGGGCAGAGUGAAAAGGCGUCCCCGGCGCCGGAGAAGGCGGAGUUUACCGCUGCGAAGAAGCAGUUGGAUUUCACGGUUAAUUUUAAAGCCUCAAUGCUAGAUUCGGGAGCGAGUUUCAAUGGGAAUGUGAUAUUGCCGGAGCAUCCGCAGGCUCAGUUACAGUCCAAGUUGCUGGCCUUAUCGCAGCCGAAGAAAUUGCAUGCCAAUGCAAGUUCUCAAUCGCCGCCGACAGUGGUGGCACAACUUAAAUCUCCGCCAGGAACAGUGACGCCAGUAGCGCCGCGGUUAGCUCGCCCCGUGAAACCCAUGCCGGUGCCUCGGCAUAAACCUACAAUGCAGCCAAUAGUGAAAGUAGCAUCUCCAAAAUCACGUGAACGGUGUAAUAUGGAGCAAAUGGAGGGCACUCCAAAGAAGAAAAAGCAAUGCAAUUGCAAAAGUUCGCGAUGCUUGAAAUUGUACUGUGAGUGCUUUUCCUCUGGGACUUACUGUGAUGGAUGCAACUGCUUAAAUUGUCACAAUAACAUAGAACACGAGUCUGAUAGAAAAGAUGUAAUGGAUGUAAUUAAAGAGCGAAAUCCAGAGGCCUUUAAACCAAAGAUUGCUAACAGUCCACACAAGGCCAGAGACAGUAUGGUAGAGGGAGGUGAGCUUACAGUGGAAAGAAAACAUAACAAAGGAUGCAAUUGUAAAAAAUCUGGAUGCCUCAAGAAGUACUGUGAGUGCUUCCAAGCCAAUAUUCUAUGCUCUGAAAACUGUAAAUGCCUCGACUGUAAAAACUUUAAAGGAAGUGAAGAGAGAAAGGCUCUUUUUCAUGGACAUCCUAUGAAUUCUAUGACCUGCAUGCAACAAGCAGCCAAUGCUGUCAUUAAUGAAGCCAUUGGGCUAUCUGGUUUUGGAUUAUCACAGAGCAAAAGAAAUGGAAAUCAGCAGAUCGUUUUUGGGUCGACAACUGAUAAUCAAUCCAAUAGCAGGGUUUCACAAAUUCAUCCGGAAACUUGUUUAACUUCAGGUGCCUCUUGUUCCACAUCAUCGGUUCACACAUCCGGACCUAAGUCUACAGCAGUGUUCAGACUUUCAAAAUCCUCUUAUAGGUCUCCUCUGGCUGGAAUUCUCCAACCACGACAUGUUGAGGAGUUCUGCUCACUUUUAGUCGCAGUUUCAGCAGAAGCUGCAAAGUCUCGUUCAGAAGAAAAGAGAACAAGCAAUACUGAUAAGGCCACUUUGGAAAAAGCUGAAAUUGCAGACAUUCAAAAGCAACCCAGUGCUCGGAGAUUGCCUGGAAACCAUGAAAAUGGAGUUCAAACUUCCUUAUCAGAGUCAACUACAGGUGAAUUUCAGAAUGAACGGCCAGUGUCUCCCGGAACACUUGCAUUAAUGUGUGAUGAAAACGAUAUCGUGUUCACUAAAGUCGACAUUCCAUCUAGUAUUUCGGGAUCGAAUACAAGGACAAAUAUGAAUUUGCAUGGGUCAGACCACGUAUAUUCAGAACAAGAAAGACUUGUAUUAACCAGGUUUCGUGGUUUUCUCAACAAACUUAUCACUCGUGGAAGCAUAAAAGAAACAGAACUAGAACAGGAAGGCAAAAAGAAUCUUUGAAGCAUGCUAAUCACGAGGAGUCGAGGACCUUAGAACUAACCGGGUUGUGAAAUCUUUUCUUCUAGCUCGUCCUAUAACAUUUUGCCACGUCAUUCCAGAGCAGUCACUUCUGAAUUUUGAAAACCAACAAGACCAAGAAAAAUCAUUUUGAGUUCAUUUUUGUUGGUUAUUUUGAUUGUAUAGUCCUAUAAAUUAUGGUUGCUGUCGAAUGACAUGUUUUUGGGAGUUCCAAGACUUAAAUUUUGUCAUUUGCCAUUUUCCAUCGACACACCUAUACUUGUACAGUUAUCGGGUCUGCUUGAAUCUGUAAAGAAUCUAUAUGGUCCUUGACAAUAAGUGAAGCAGCGUUGGACA